AUGAAUAAAUAUAAUAGGAGAAAAUAGAGUUAGAAGCUUCUUAUCAAAACCUAAUUCAAAUGUAUAAUUAAUGAUUAUAAGUAGAUAUGUCAUAAAUUGAAUUAUCCUAAAAUAGGACUAAAGUGUUAGUUAAAAAGUUUUAAAUAAGAAUUAGAAUAAUUAAAAUUAGAAAAUAUAAAAAUAGAUGGAAUGAGAACUGGAUAAUUUGA